UGACUCUCAUCAAAACUCGAACAUAAAUCUUCUUUCUUUCACAGUUUGCCUGGGUUUUCCUUAGCUUCUUUUUCGUUCGUGUUAUAAAGAAAUUCUGAUGGCGCCAAAGGCCGAGAAGAAGCCCGCAGAGAAGAAGCCGGCAGCUGAGAAGCCGGCCGAAGAGAAGGAGAAGGUGGCCGAGAAAGCACCGGCUGAGAAAAAACCAAAGGCUGAAAAGCAGCCGAAGGCCGGGAAGAAGCUGCCGAAGGAGGGAGGUGCGUCUGCUGGUGACAAGAAGAAGAAGAGAACGAAGAAGAGCAGUGAAACGUACAAGAUCUACAUUUUCAAGGUUCUGAAGCAGGUCCAUCCCGACAUCGGGAUCUCUAGCAAGGCCAUGGGCAUCAUGAACAGCUUCAUCAAUGAUAUCUUUGAGAAGCUUGCCCAGGAGGCUUCCAGACUUGCACGGUAUAACAAGAAGCCCACGAUCACGUCUCGGGAGAUUCAGACUUCGGUGCGGCUUGUUCUUCCCGGUGAAUUGGCCAAGCACGCGGUAUCUGAAGGCACUAAAGCCGUUACUAAAUUUACCAGCUCUUGAACGGCGGUGGAUUGGCGCGGUUAUUUGAAUGGAAAAAUCAAAAUUAGGUUUAGGGUUUGUGGUCUUGUUAAAGGUCGUCUUCCUUUUAUAAUCUUUUUAAAUUUUAUGUCUUUCUGAUGUAAUAUACUAAUCUCUGUUUGAGUAAUAGAUACGUUUUGUAUCUUAGAUAUGUUUCCAUGUAGAAUUUGUUACAUUAUCUUCUAAAAUUUCUCUAUAUGCUCUUUCUA